GGCUCAGUCACUGUCCUCGGUAGCAGGCACUCCCUGAGCUCCUUCACACCAUGUCUAUUCGAUACAGCUCCAAGCAGCAAUCCUCCUCCCGCAGUGGAGGUGGGGGAGGAGGCUCAGCCUUCAGAAUUUCCAGCACCAAAGGCUCCCACUGUGGAGGCUUUAGCUCAGGGGGGUUCAGCAGUGGCUCUUUUAGCCGUGGGAGCUCUGGUGGAGGUUGCUUUGGGGGCUCAUCAGGUGGCUAUGGAGGUUUUGGAGGAGGCGGCUAUGGGGGAAGCAGCUUUGGGGGUGGCAGCUACGGAGGAGGCGGCUUUGGUGGAGGCUGUGGAGGAGGCAGCUAUGGAGGAGGCAGCUUUGGGGGUGGCAGCUACGGCGGCGGUGGCUUCGGUGGAGGUGGCUAUGGAGGAAGCUUUGGUGGUGUCUUUGGAGGAGACGGUGGUGGCCUUCUCUCUGGAAAUGAAAAGGUGACCAUGCAGAACCUGAACGACCGUCUGGCUAGCUACAUGGACAAAGUCCGUGCUCUGGAAGAGUCAAACUACGAGCUGGAGGGGAAAAUCAAAGAGUGGUAUGAGAAGCACGGCAACUCGAGCCAGCGUGAGCCCCGGGACUACAGCAAAUACUACAAAACCAUCGAAGACCUGAAGAACCAGAUCCUCAGCCUGACAACUGACAAUGCUGGUGUCCUGCUGCAGAUUGACAAUGCCAGACUGGCAGCUGAUGACUUCAGGCUGAAAUAUGAGAAUGAGGUGGCCCUGCGCCAGAGUGUAGAGGCUGACAUCAAUGGCCUACGAAGGGUGCUGGAUGAGCUGACCCUUGGCAAGUCUGACCUGGAAAUGCAGAUUGAGGGUUACAAGGAAGAGCUGGCCUACCUGAAGAAGAACCACGAAGAGGAAAUGAGAGACCUUCAAAAUGUGUCCACUGGUGAUGUGAACGUGGAAAUGAAUGCUGCUCCAGGGGUCGACCUGACUCAACUGCUUAACAACAUGAGAAACCAGUAUGAACAACUUGCAGAAAAGAAUCGCAAGGAUGCAGAAGCCUGGUUCAAUGAGAAGAGCAGAGAACUGACCACAGAAAUCGACAGCAACAUUGAACAAAUGUCUAGCCAUAAGAGUGAAAUUACUGAACUAAGACGUACUGUCCAGGGUCUGGAGAUCGAACUACAGUCCCAGCUGGCCCUGAAACAAUCGCUGGAAGCCUCCUUGGCAGAAACAGAAGGUCGCUACUGCGUGCAGCUCUCCCAGAUUCAAAGCCAGAUCUCCGCCCUGGAGGAACAGCUUCAACAGAUUCGGGCUGAGACCGAGUGCCAGAACGCAGAGUACCAACAGCUCCUAGACAUUAAGAUCCGACUGGAGAACGAGAUCCAAACCUACCGCAGCCUGCUCGAAGGAGAGGGAAGUUCCGGAGGCGGGCGCGGCGGCGGCAGCGGCGGCGGAAGCUACGGCGGCGGAAGCUCUGGCGGCGGCUACGGAGGCGGAAGUUCCGGCGGCGGCAGCUACGGUGGCGGCAGCUCUAGCGGCGGCGGCGGCUACGGCGGCGGAAGCUCUAGCGGCGGUGGCGGCAGCCACGGAGGCAGUUCCGGUGGCGGCUACGGUGGCGGAAGUUCCAGCGGCGGCGGCGGCAGUUCCGGUGGCGGCUACGGCGGCGGCAGUUCCGGCGGAGGCCAGAGCGGAAGCGGAGGGUUCAAAUCUUCCGGCGGCGGCGAACAAUCGUCCAAAGGGCCAAGGUCAGCAGAAGCUAGCUGGGAUACUAACAAAACCAGAGUGAUCAAGACGAUUAUUGAGGAGGUGACACCUGAGGGUAGAGUCCUUUCGUCUAUGAUUGAAUCAGAAACCAAGAAACACUUCUAUUAAACUGCAUAGAAGAGUCUCUUCACACAGGCCACAGCACAGAAGUAAUGAAAACAAAAUGUCCAAGAAAACACUUCUGUCCUGAUGGUCUACCGAAAUAGGUUCACUCCUUGAAAAUAAUGGUCUAAAAGGUGUUUUGUGGUUUCUGUAUUUCUUCUUUUCAUGUAUCAGAAAGUGUUCUUUUGUGGAGAAAAAGAAAAAAGAAAACUUUCUCAUUUACUAAUUAAUUUCUCAUUUACUAAUGAAUUUCAAUAAACUUUCUUACUGAUGCAAACUA